AUGUUGGUUCGUUGGCGAACUGGUCAACUGCGAGGUUUAACCUCUUCUUCUUCCUCGAGUUCUUCGUUUGUUUUCGAUGGCACCAAUUCCGACAUUGCGCGGCAGCUUUUCACACGUCAUCAAGCAGGUGAUUCCGAUGAUCGAGUCAACCUCACGUCGAUCCCUGCCGCUGUACUAGACCGACUGAAUCCGCUCAAUAUUGACUUCCACGAUCUCCCUGGCCUCGUCCAACGUGCUGUGCUCUGGGACACAGGCUUUUCCAUUUCACCCGGUAAUGAUCCCGUUCAGAUCUGGACCAUGCACAAUCACUCGAUGGCCGAUCUAGCAGUGCCAAAGUACCAAGUCACCAAUGUGGACUGCACGUAUCUCAAUUGUUCUCAGCCUAAUGGAGUGACAGCUCACUAUAGUCAGUACUGCACGGGCUGGCAAAUGCUCAACGUUUCUCGCUGUGUGGCUGACGUCUUCGAAGAUCCUGGAGCUGGAACUUAUCUAGGGAUGAUGUGGUCAGUCGGAGGUGACCCAGAUAUGACCCCGUUAAUUCGACUGAGAGACCACACGUGGACACAAGACAUUGCCGAGUUUGGUGGCAACAUCACCUUCUCCGUCUACGUGGUGCACACGGUGCCUCAUGAGCUUGAUCCAGCUUGGAACGAGUGUCCACAUGAUGAAAGUUACGCGUCAUUGACUGUACCUUGCCACAGAAGAGAUGAGUAUUCGGACGAGGAGGUAGCGGCUAAUAUGACGAAGCCAACUGGAAGUGCGUGGGUGAACACUUGGCUUGAGACGGAGUUUGCUAGAGAAAAAUCCGAGUUCGACACGAUGCUUUUGGUCCCGAUUAUAGUAGGCAUUCUAUUCGUCUUGUGGUUCUGUUGGCAGUGCAGAUCUAAGCAGAAAUUAUCAACUGCUAGAGGCGACACACGCAGGUCUUCGCUGUCCAAUCCGAACUACUGCAGUCCAAACGUGAACCAGACCCUUCAAAUUCUAUUCGGGAGCGAAUAUCUACAAGGAAAACGUAUUUCUUUCGAGAAUUUGAGUUUCAGAAGACUGGCUUCUAGAGGAGCUUCUGGGGAGAUCUGGGUCUGCGAGUACAAUGGACGACAAGUAGCAGCUAAGAGACUACACACCAAAGACUUAAAUGCCGUGAAGGUGCAAGCAUUUGCUGAAGAAAUUGAGCUGACUGCGAGGCUUGUUCACCCGAAUAUCGUUGAAUUCAUCGGUGUAGUGUGGAAUAGUCUCAGUAAUCUCACCAUGGUGAUCGAAUUCUACCCUAAAGGAUGUCUACAAGACUACCUGCACAAGAACAAGAACCUCUUAUCGUGGGGUCAAGAAAAGAUGCGUAUUACUGUUGGAAUCGCAAAAGCGCUGGAAUAUCUACACGCCCACAGUCCUCCUUUGAUCCAUCGCGAUGUCAAGUCAAAUAACGUUUUGAUCUCGAAUGAAUUGGAGCCGAAACUGAUCGACUUUGGUGUGAGUCGUGUCGUUCUGGACCUCACAAUGACAGCUGGAAUAGGUACACCAUUCUGGACUGCACCUGAGGUUUUGGAAGGGGAUCGCUACACGGAGCAAGCAGAUAUUUAUUCUUUUGGUGUUGUGUUAUCCGAGUUGGAUAUGUGCAAGACUCCGUAUACUGAUGCGGUGACGGAAGGUGGAAGUAAGGCACGGCAUUUCCAAAUCCUACAGGAAGUCAUGGCCGGUGAAUUGCGUCCAAACUUCUCAGAGGACUGUCCUUCAAGAGUUCUGCGAGUUGCUAUGGCAUGCCUCUCACUCGAUCCAUCGAGUCGUCCAACUGCAAGUGAGGUUAUACGUCAACUAGAUUUCCGCGUGUAA